CUUAUCCUCUGUCCUUGCCAUCUAAUCGAGAUGCCCUUUCCAUUCAAGUUAAUCCAGGGUUUCAGAAAGAUCGUUGCGAUCCAUUUGAAGCGCCCUGAAAACCAAGGAUGCACACAAUGCAACUCGACAACUGCCGGCCAUGAGGGCAAUACCUCUAUCCCUGCAGACCUCUCCAAUUUUGUUCCUGCAUCAAUGCUCUCUUCAAAUUCUUCGCCAAUGCAUCCCAUUAUUGCAGGCAGUAAACCAGGUGUCGAAAAUUUCCCUCCCAGCUCUCCUUUCACUGCGUACCCUUGGGGUGCAUCCCCUGCCCGCGAAGCUUCUGACAUUGCUCAGGUGGCUUUGCCCUUAAUACAGGCUUUUACUGAUGUAAUUUCACUUGUCGGUGCUCCGAUGAACACAGCUAUUGGCGGAUUGCUGGGAAUCCUUCAAGUUAUAAAUGUGAGUCAUUAUCGAAUGCUGAGAUGUUUCUGGAUCUCAAGGGCUAUCACAGAGAUCCAAUCAGAACAAGGCGGCCUUGGACCACUUGACAUUGCGACUCUAUUGACUAUCCUGCCAUUUGUGCAACGCCUCACCUGCCCUGGAUCCUCUUGAACGUUCUCGGAGAGACAACUUAGCUAG